AUGGCCUCCGAAAACAUCGGGCCCAUCCACACAGUCGCCUCGGCUCCCCGGCUGGAUCGCGACAACUCCGCCGCUAUCACUAACACCGCUGCUGGGUCCGGCUGGGGCCUCGGCCUCGGGUCCUCUGUUCCCUCUGCAGCAUUUCAGGGCCACAGCAUUCAUCACAGUCAGGGUCAACCUUCAGCUUCCGCCGCCAGUCCUGUCCAUGACUCCUCCCUGGACCCUACCAUCAGAGCUCUUCUUGACCAGCAGGCCGAGAUCGAAGCCAAAAUUGCCGCUCUGCUGCCCCGGAAGCACGGCCUAGACUCCACGGCCGAACUUGUCAUGUUACGGCACAAGCUCAAGUCCUUGCGCGCUUUCGCCGAUGACAACCGUCUAUCCGAUAAGAUUCCGGUCUUGUUUGAGAUCGAGGAUGCCAGAGCACUCCAGUACCAAUGCGAGUGUAUCGAGACGGCUUGUCUACAACAAGGCCUGGACCUCCACGAGCAGAGAGUGAACGAGGCUUUGAAAUUUUAUUUUCGACAUGAUGCUCCGGCUGGUUACGAGACCUGGCUGGACCGGAACCUAUCGCACUAUGAUCCGAUUGCCCGCAGUUGGAGAUUGAGGGAUCGUCUUCUGUCCAAGUCCCAUAGUUCUCGGUCCUUCAAGUGCUGGGACGAAAGGUGCUUGCACUACAUCUACGGAUUUCCAAGCCAAGAGGAGCGAGACCAGCACAGCAGAGACCAUUUGGUAUCGUCCAAGCGAGACUCCGGACUGUCCGUGACCGACACACCACCACUGAUCUCUGAUCAGCACGCCCACCGUCGCAAUUACAGUAAUGAGUACUCGAAAAACUUAUCGCCCUUGUAUUUGCCAAGGCCCAGCGGCAGCUUGCAACUUUCGACGCCCCCGAUUCCCGGGCUCUCCCGCGAUCCCAGAGAAUCAUUAAGGUCUUACUCGUUCAUAUCAGAGCCCACAUCUUCUGUAAGGGAUCUGCGAAGCUCGAUUGAUUCCGAAGUGGACCCUCUCCUUCCGCCUCUGAAGCGCAGUCGCGUUGGACAAUCCAAGCUAGAGUCUAUCGAGGAGCUCAGACUGCUACGCGAUGUUCGGCCGUGCCUCCGGUGCAAGGUCGUGAGGAAGGGAGAUGAGGCCAACCCUGCCUCUGGCGACUUCUGGGCUGUCCUUGGUUGCCACAGAGGUCCAUUGACUGCCUUAGCUGAGACUCUGGUGCCAAUAUCCAUCUCGCCGCGGCAAAGUCAGACUCCGAUUGCCUCGCCGCUUGCACCACGACGAAACAUGAAUGAAUACCUUGAGCAAGCAUAUCUAGUCAAUCCUGACGUCUCCCGACUGGUGAAACACAAUCUCGAUUUCGAUGAUGGGUUCUGGUGGUCCGAGGACCUUUCGAAGCUAUCGCCGUCUAGCAAAUUUGUGCCAUCGUUUCUGCGAGAACCAGUGGAGAGGCCACCGCCCGUGCUGACAACUCUGGCGGCAAGUUGGAACAUGAGCGGGACGACAUACGACUUCUGGCAACUGCUCAGACUGAGCAGAUACAUAUCGUCGGAUAGAGAAGCUGAAGCUGUGACAUUUCCGGUGCUAUACCGCGUGAAACUGCUGCUCAGAGAAGUUUUGUUUUACGACUUGCAACAACCGGACCCCUCGAUUCAUGCAGAAGCUAGCAUGUUGCAAACGCACUCAGCCUGUGACGACCCUACCAAUCACGGGCGAUAUCGCCUGCUGUACAACUGCAUGACUGAAUUUCUACAGUCAUUCGAGAAUGUCGCAAUGAACGGCGUCCCGAUUGAUCCAAGAACCUGGAUUGCUAUCUUCCUGUCAUUGUGUCUGUUCAGUGUUGUACGGACCAUACUUGUGGACAUUUCUUCCUCCGGUUCGAGAGCUAGCCCUCUGUCCACCUCUACCGCGACAUCGGCCGCAGCGACUAUGACAGGUGUCUACAAAGCCUUGGUCAGUGUAUUUGACGCCGCUUCUCCGAUGAUGCUUGACGAAAAUCACCUGGCGAUGAGUGAAGAUGAAAGCACGCUUUUCAACAUGCUAUACAACAUCACGAAGAAAGAUUCCUGGAAUGAGCGUGGUCUGGCAUCGACCAAGGAGUUUUUGAUGGUUCUUGGGGGAAAUGACAACAAUGGUCUCUUCGCGAACAGCUUCAUUAGGCAGAGGAGCCCAAGUUUCCGACCCGUGGGACUUGCACCGCCUUCCAUUCCCAGUUCUGGAGAAGCGUCUCGGCGACCUCUACCCGAAGUCCGCCCUAUAAGUGAACACUGGGGUCCAAACGGCGGAAUUUCGGCAGGGAAUGCGUUUGCUCCCAAGCUUUUCUCUGAUUUGACGAUGGUAUCGCCGCAAUCGACCAGUCCAGCACGGAGACACAGUAUUGCUGAGAGCCCGUUAUUCCGCGGUGAAGCGACGGGACUCGCGUCUCCGAUUCCCGCAACGAGGAUCCGACCAUCAUACCAACGGCCACCACUUCGCAGAGUCUAUUGUGCGAAAUGCAACGAAUAUCCAGAAGGGUUUCGUGGCGAGCAUGAGCUCCGGAGGCACAACGACGCCAAGCACGCUGCCCUUGUGAAGCGGUGGGUUUGCUCCGAACCACAGACUUACAGUCCAGGCUCACCACAACCGGUGGUUCCUUUGUCCAAGUGCAAGGCUUGCGUCACUCAGAAACGAUAUGGUGCCUAUUAUAAUGCGGCAGCUCACUUGCGAAGAGCCCAUUUCAAUCCUCACAGGGGCGGUAAGGCGAGUGGGGACUGGCCACCGAUGACAAUCUUGAAAGACUGGAUGAAGGAAGUCAGACAGUCUGUAGAUGUUAAUGACCAAGAGUCGGACAGUGGCGAGGAAGACAACGACUUCAAGCAGCGGUCUGAAGCUGUGUCUCCGCGAAGCAGCCGUCGGUCUCCGAUCCUUGAAGUUCCCAGGCUUGCUCCAGCACCCCCUCCUCUACCUCACGGCAUUCCUCCUCACCUCCUAGCUACGCAACGACCUCCUCUUCUUGCACCGCCGUUUCUGGAGAUACCGCCUCUCGCUACUUCGUCAACGAUUAACUUCCAAACUAGCCCAGUUCAAAACAAUACCACGAGUUUUGCCAACAUUGCGAGCAUCAGUAGACCGGAUGAGGUUCCUACUUCGAACCGCAAUCGAUGUCCCCACCCACAGUGUGGGCGGGUUUUUAAAGACCUUGCGGCCCAUAUGUUGACUCACAUGGAGGAAAGACCGGAGAAGUGUCCAAUUGAGACAUGUGAAUACCACACGAAAGGCUUCGCCAGAAAGUACGACAAGAAUCGACAUGCCUUGACGCACUAUAAGGGUACCAUGGUUUGCCCCUUUUGCCCCGGACCCGGAACGGCUUACGAGAAAUCUUUCAACCGCGCCGAUGUCUUCAAGCGGCAUUUAACGGCCGUUCACAAUGUCGAACAAACGCCACCAAAUAGCCGUAAACAAGUAGCUUUUAGUAGCUCCUCGUCUGCGGCCUCGUCUAGAGAUGGCGGCGCAGCUCUGUCUCGCGGGGCCACCAGUGCAGGUGCCACCGCCAAAUGCUCCAUCUGCCACACCCAAUUCUUCACAGCUCAAGAUUUCUACGAGCAUCUAGACGACUGUGUACUCAAUGUAAUCGUCCCGUCCACAACUCCUCGGUCCGCGACUACCAGUGGCGCCAUGAGCAACACGAGUAGUGCUGUUCCAAGCAGCGCCACUACAAGUGCAGCCACCAGUGUUGGUCAAGAAUCCGCCCUUCUCAGGACGCCGACAACAGCGGGUUCAGUAAAGGAGCAGGAUCCAGACUUCCAAUACCAUCUCCGCCGCGACGUCGAGUCUGGAGCGACUUCAGAUGAAAACAGGGACAAAAGACGAGGACGACCCGACGUCGAAGGAGCGACGGCUUCCCCGCGGGGGCUCACCGCACAGCAUCAAGCCUCAACUCCUCCUGAAUAUUCCGAGUCGAAGGAAGAGCCCAGUGAGAGGAUCGAUCGAGAUGCACUUCAGCCUUUACGGCAGUCGAAUUCUCCACCGGAACGGCUUGAUGAUCCAGGGCCCUCUAUGGAGAAUCACCCUCACGUACCUGCGGUCGAGAUCAAGCUUGGCUCGCCAUUUUCACCGGAGAGGCCCGACACGGAACCAUAA